GCACGAAAACCGCCGUCGAAUAUGAACUCAGCGCGAGCCGGUGUCUCACACAAGAUUCAUCAGUCAGCCAGCCAGCAGGAAAUUAUUAAUUUUAAAUUUAAUUCCGAUUUAAUUUAAAUUUUGACAAAAUGCCCGGUUUGCCGAGAAAACUCAAGAUCAACGUGGCAGCUGACUUGAAGCAGAAAAACAUUCUCAGCUACUUCAACAAGAAAUCGUCCUCAACCACCACGACCACACCCACGGCGGAAAGAAAUAAUGAUGAAAUGACGGACAUUGAAAAGCAACAAGUUGGUGAGAACGUCGUGCCCUCAACUCCUCCCAACAAGAAGGCAAAGCUGGAUAUUGAUAAAAAUUCGCCAGCAUCGUCCUCAGAAUGUUUGACUCCGGAACAACGGGCAAUGAUUAAUCGUAAAGCUAUGACGGCCAGGAUUUUGAAGACUUCACAAUCCUUGAAAAUCAUAGACCCGCUAAUGGGGCCAAGCUGGUAUUCCGCUUUGGAAGGAGAGUUUAAAAAAGACUACUUUUUGCAGUUAAGCGAGUUUGUCACUGCCCAAAGAAACCGUGCCACAAUUUACCCACAGCCCGGUAACGUUUGGGAAUGGACCAAACACGGACCAAUUGACCAGGUGAAAGUCGUAAUUUUGGGACAAGACCCGUACCAUGGUCCAAAUCAAGCACAUGGCCUCUGCUUCAGUGUACAAAAGGGUGUCCCUCCCCCUCCAAGUUUGGUGAACAUGUACAAAGAACUGGGAACUGACAUCAAUGGAUUUGUUCACCCACAACAUGGCUAUUUAAUUGGAUGGGCUGAACAAGGGGUCUUGCUUCUUAACGCUGUUCUUACUGUGGAGUCUGGAAAGGCCAACUCCCACAAAGACAAAGGCUGGGAGAAAGUAACAGACGCCGUGAUUUCUUGGAUCUCUGUGAAUCUCAGCUCUGUUGUGUUCUUACUUUGGGGGGCGUAUGCUCAGAAAAAAGCUGCAUUUGUUGACAAGAAACGACACCACAUCCUUCAAACUGUACAUCCAUCUCCACUUUCUGCACAUCGAGGGUUUUUGGGAUGCAAACAUUUUUCAAAGUGCAACGAGCUGUUGAUCCAGAGUGGAAAAACCCCGAUUGAUUGGACAAAACUUUGAGCAUCUCAUCUCUGAUAUCAAAUGUAUGUACAAGUUACUUGACAAGUCAUAACGCAUGAUUAUUUAAUCAAAUGUAAAGCAUGCACGUAAUUGCGUUUAAAAUUGAUCAUGCAAGGUUUAUUUAUAUUCAUGUUGAACUUUAUACUCUCUUGACUCGUGUAUCAAUUUAUUUUUUGCGUUUCAAUACUGUUAAUGAUGAUAUUGAAUUUGAUUGUAACCGAUGUGGCCAACAUUAUAUAAUUCAAUGUUUAAAAUAUGAAUUUAUCUAUAUGACAAAAAAAAUUGCUGUGAUGACAUGAUUUUUAUUGUAUAAUUGCUUCGAAAAUAAUAAAUUUA